GUGGAGGGUUAACAUGUAGUACUAGAUGUAAACGUCCGUGUCUGGACUGUGACAGAUACACGGGAGAUUGUGUGGGACAAUGCAGGGAUGGUUUCUGUGGACCUGAGUGUUUACAGCGAUGUCCAUAUCCGUUUUCAACGUGUGUAAAAAGUUGUGUAACGCCGAGGAAACUGAAAAUGACUGAUGCAUUGGGGAGACACAUGGUAGUAACAAAGAAGGUUUGAACGCGAAUCCUUGCACGGAGAAAUUUGGCAACAAUUGCAUUAAAUGCAAUCAGUGCUCUGAAUGCCUGGAGGGUAUUAUGGAAGCACGUGUAGUCAGAAGUGCAUUGGAAACUGCUCGUUUGACUGUGAUAUCCAAACGGGUCUCUGCAGAAUGUGUACAGAUGGCUUCUACGGUGACAACUGUUCAGUUCCGUGUUCGACGAUAUGUUUAGGGGAAGCUUGUGAAAGAUCAACUGGGGCUUGUCAUGGCUGCAGCGAGGGAUAUUGUUCUGCUAACACUGCAUGUAAACAAAACUUGCAAUGCCAAUUGUCCAAAGAAUUGUCACUUUGAAACAUGCUCGUGCUUAACGUCAUCUUCACCCGACACUACGUCCGCAACACCCAGUUCCCCUAAGCAAGGUGGCAUAUUGGCGGUAUACUGGAUCUGCUUCAAUGUAAACUCGAUGUACCUGGUCAUCUUCAUCAUCUUCAUUGUAUACGGCUAUGAAAAGAAAUUAUGGACUUCACUAAACUAUUUCUGCCAAUCAAAUGAACCAGAUCGAGUUUCAGCAGGAGCUCCCUUGUCCGGCGAAUGUGAGGAGACACCGGAUCAGGUAAUAUCGACUCCUGGGGACAGAAUUAGAGCAUACGAAGCGAACACAGGUUCAAGAACAACAAAGAAUAGCUGUUGCAACCUUGUGCAAUCCAUAGGAAAAGCAAGAGCAUUAGCAUUAGCAUUAGUAUGUGGCUAUGUCUUGCUGUAUAUUAUUACUGUGUGUGUAAUACAUUAUCACAACAUAUAAGGCAAUUCAUAUGUAUCACUAUGUAUGCACUCUUGUAGUUUUGUAAAAUAACAAUAAUUAAACCCCUCUCUUCAUCCC